AUGUAUUCAUCAAAUUCACCAUUUUUUGUCCCACUAUUGUUCAUCUUCUUCGCCAAUUUUCUAUUUCACGUUUUAGGUCAACAAACCGAAGAUUCUCACCACGCACAUGGGUUUGGGCACAGAGUUCUUAUGAGUUUGAAAGAAAAACCCGCUGGAAGUAACUUUACCUUUGAUUGUGCUCCUUCUGGUCCUUGUGUUCCCUGCAUCUACUCAGAGAAGGGUGAUGAGAAAUAUCGCUGCAGUGAGACAGGGUAUCGAAUUCCAUUCAAAUGUGAAGAGAGUAAAGGCUCAACAAAGGAUGCUAAGAAAACAAAUCCUAAGAAAACUCGGACUGCUUUAGAAAUCUCUAGUAGUAUUGCAAAGUCUCGUAAAGUUUCACAUGUUUCUGGAGUGGUAACAACUUCGUGGCCACAUAGAACUUUACUGGAUGAUUCAUUGGCUUCAAAUAAUCAGUCACAGGCUUAUGUCACUUAUAGAAGCUGUAUACCCGCAGAUUCCGAAGAGAAGUUAUCAGUGCUUGGUUUUGAGGGUAUUGUGAUAUUCUUGUUGCUCAUUAGCGGAUCAUUUGUAUACCUGAAAAAAAGGAGGGCCGCCGCCAUGUCUGGUUAUGUAGCAGUUGGAAGGGGUCAACCAAACUCUCGGUUUUGA